AUGAUGAACCCUUUCAAGAAGCUCCAGCAGCGCCGGCAGCAGGCGUCGGCGGACCGACCGAAUGGACAGCGUCCGACGCUGCAGUCUCCUGCCGGCAUCACCAUCUCCGUUGCACCACCUCAGCAGCGCAACGAAGCCCUUGCCAACGACGCCUCUGCUGCGGAAAAGGAGCAGAGUCUUGACACCGUGCUGCCCCCUACCUCCGACUAUCGGUGA